GACAAAUCAAAUUUCCAGAUCCACAUAAAAAAGGGAUAGUCAGAGUAGCAGGAGCAGCUUGGGUAUGAGCGACUCACCAGAAAUAGCUCGUGCUCGGGACGCCCUGCGCGUGAGCGCCGACGACCGCGCACGGGUGGACGCGCUCUCCUCCUCCGCAUCCGCAUACGUAUCGGCGGCUUCUCCUCAUCUGUCGCCGAGCUUCUUCGAGGGGUUCGCGCUGCGCAGGAUCCGCGUCCUCCGCGUCCAACCGGGAUUCAUCCACUGCUCCUACGACGUUCCUCCAAGCCUCACCGACACCAGCACCGGCUGCCUCGCCGCCGGUGUCGUGGUGGCCCUGGUGGACGAGAUCGGCUAUGCCGCCGCCAUCUCUGACGCCCAAAACUUCAAGGUCUCCGUCGACAUGUCCGUCGCCUUCCCCGAUCUCUCCCAGGCCCGCGCAGGGGACCGCCUAAGCAUAACGGCGAGGGUGCUGGGGCACAAGGGCGCGUACUCCGGCACGCACGUACUCCUCGCCAACGCCAGCACCGGCAAUGUCGUCGCCGAGGGCAGGCACUCCAUUUUCGGGAACCUGAAGAAAGCACUACUCAAGCCAGCAGCCACUACUACUGUUAUUAAAAGCAACUUGUGAUUCUGCCUCUGCCUACUCCACUAGUCUAUGAUGCAUCUUCUUCUUUACAAAAUGGCCUCUCAUGUACCCCUCCGUUCCUAAAUAUAAGUCUUUGUAGAGAUCUUACUAGUAGACUA